GGAGCCAGGUGUGCCGGCCCCCGCUGCUGCACGGCUCGCUGCCCUGGCUGGACGGGAGCAAGGCGCUGAGCAGUCAUCACAGCGCUUCCCCCUGGAACCUCAGCCCAUUCUCCAAGACCUCCAUUCACCACAGCUCACCGGGACCCCUUUCCGUCUACCCGCCCGCCUCUUCUUCCACUUUAUCCGCCGGCCACUCCAGCCCGCACCUUUUCCUCCCGCCGACCCCACCGAAAGAUGUGCCCCCGGAUCCGUCCAUCUCCACCCCCGGCUCCACCGGCUCUACCCGGCAGGACGAGAAAGAAUGCAUCAAAUACCAGGUGUCCCUGGCCGACACCAUGAAGCUGGAGUCCUCUCACUCUCGGAGCAGCAUGGCCUCUUUAGGAGGUGCCACCUCCUCCGCUCAUCACCCCAUCACUACCUAC